GCUAAUAUUACACUCCUUUAUUCCUUAAAAUUUAACUUAUACAAAAAGAUUUCUUCUGUUCUGGAUAUAAACAGAAAAUUUGGAUAUCUAACAUAUUCUAAUCUUACAAUUAAUUUUUAACGCUACCCAUAUUAUCCUACCAUCCUACCUUAUAAAAGCAAUGAAAUUUUUUCUUUGGCUUCUCAUUAUCUGUUGUAUUGUCUGUAGCAUGCCGGUUCAUGCAUUACCUGCUCAUGAAGAUCAAUCUUUCGGUCUCGUGAAGCGUUGUAGUUUUCUCUCUAGGCUUAUUGGUGAUUGUGAUGAUGGGGUUGAUUUUGGAGGAAAUUGCUCGGUUCUACCUUGUAAAAAGGAUCUGGAAUGUAAGAAUAAUCAAAAUGGAACUCCAACUUGUACAAUCAAAUAGAAGUAUUCGGCACUUUUUUUCCGUAAAAAAUCGAAAAAAG